GAAAAAGAACAGAAAGAGAGAAUAGGCUGGAGGCCACUCCUCUUCUUAUAUUUGUCUUUAAAACUCCUCACUUCCUCUUUUCGCUUUCACCAUCAUGGCUUUCACUGGGAAAUAUGAGCUGGAGAGUCAAGACAACUACGAGGAGUUUCUGGAUGCAAUCGGGCUUCUCGGCGCAAAGACAGAACACAAAGUGGUAACAGAGGUGGUCCAGAAUGGGAAUGACUUCACCUGGAAACAAUCCAUUCCCAACUGGACCUGGUGCAAUACAUUCACCGUUGGCCAGGAAUGUGAGCUGGAGACAAUGACAGGCUCCAAAUUCAAGGCUCCUGUCACUAUGGAAGGAGGCAAGAUUUCAGUACCCUUUCCUCAGUAUCACUUCACAGCAGAGAUUGUUGAAGAUAAGUUAGUAAUGAUUUGCGUAACUCAAGGGGAGAAGGGUGUGACUUUCAAAAGAGUUAGCAAAAGGAUCUAAUGCUGCGAGACUCAACAUGCUCCAGUCGAAGAGAGGCUGCUGGAGAUAAAACGGGCCAUGAAAACGCUUGCUCCAGCACUGAAACAAGAGGAACAGAGUGACCAUCUGUGGUGAGGGGCAAGUGGAACUAUGUACCGAAUUUACAAGGAUGAAAACAUUUGUCUGUAGCACAGUCCAUGCUUGAUACAAUAAAACCACAUAAAUAUAGA